UUUACAAACUACAAAGUAUCUAGAUCUUAAUAACUAAAGAAAAAAAAAUGUUACAAAAAGAUGUGAAAUUGGAUAAUAUAAGCAAGACAUGGGUAUUAAAAAAACAUAUAGAUUUCUUACAAUCAUUUGGCAAAGAAAGACAUCAAUAUGAAAGUAGUAUGAUGGAAUUCCUUCGUAUGUCCGGUAUGUACUGGGGUUUAACUGCAUUAUAUUUGAUCAAUGAUGGAAAAAUACCAAAAGAAGAUGAGAUAUUUGAAUUCAUUAAAAGUUGUGAACACAGUUGUGGUGGAUAUUCCCCAGCCCCUGGUCAUGAUCCACAUUUAUUAUAUACGCUCAGCGCUGUUCAAAUUGCUUGUUUACUUAAUCGAGAAUUGGAAUUACCUAUUGAAAAGAUUGUGUCAUAUGUAUCCAAGCUUCAACAAGAUGAUGGCAGUUUUACUGGAGAUAAAUGGGGAGAAAUAGAUACUCGUUACUCAUUUUGUGCAUUAGCAUGUUUAUCACUUUUGGGUAAACAUAAUGAGGUUAAUUUAGUUAAAGCUGUAGAGUUUAUAAAAAGCUGCCAAAAUUUUGAUGGAGGUUUUGGAUCACGACCUGGAGCUGAAAGUCAUGGAGGUUUAAUCUAUUGUUGUGUUGGAUCAUUGUCUAUAGCUGGGCGAUUGGAUUUAGUCGAUGCUGACACAUUGGGUUGGUGGUUAGCAGAAAGGCAAUUACCAUCUGGUGGACUUAAUGGACGCCCUGAAAAAUUACCAGACGUUUGUUAUUCAUGGUGGGUGUUUUCUACAUUAAAUAUUUUAGGACGCGACCAUUGGAUUGAUAAAGAAGAGUUGAAAACUUUUAUAUUAGCAUCUCAAGAUAAUGAAGGAGGUGGAUUCAGUGAUCGCCCUGGAGAUGAACCAGAUCCUUUUCAUACUCUUUUUGGUCUUGCAGCAUUAUCACUAAUGUCAUAUGAUAACAUUUUACCAAUAGACCCUACUUAUUGCAUGCCAAAAUCAGUUAUUAACCGAUUAGGAUUAAAACCUCAAACUUUAUCCCGGCCUUAAAAAGUAAGUUAACAUAGAUUACUAUUCAAUUUAUUAUGUUAUUUAAUGCUGUAUUAAUUGUAUUAUGCACAAAUUUAUAAAAAUUAAUAUGUUGUAGAUUUUCCAAAUGGAUUUAUUAUGUUGUAAUAUUUUCUUACUGUUAUAUUCUAUAUUUCUGCAUCCACACUAUAUUUUAAUUUUACUUUUUAAUUUUAAUUUUAUAUACUAUAAUAAUUUACAAAUAACAUUUUGUAUACAAUUUUCAUUUAAUUUUCAAGUGCCCUAUUGUAAUUAUUUGUGAAACAUUCAUUUAUUUUUACAUUUAUAUUAAAGAAUAAUUUUUGAAAAUUUCCAAGGUAAUAUACCAAUCAAAAAGUAAAAUGGGCCUCAUGGCAUAUAUUUGUCUUAGAUUUUCAUUAUAAAUUAUAAAAUUAUCUUACAACAUAAGUGAUUAAUAAUGUCUGUACAUUUCCUGGUGUUCUUUGGUAUAUAAUAAUUGCAAUCAUUAGAAUCCUAUACUUAUAGUUGAUCAGAAAAAAAUUUAAAAAAUUGCAUAACAAACUUCAAGUAACAGUAAGAGCUACUUUAUAUUAUGUAAAAUACAAAUAAUAAAAACUCAAAUGUAAGUUGAGGCUUUCCCUUAGACUUUCAGAUAUCAGACACUGGGAAUAUCCAAGACUAUACUCUAUUCAGAAUGAGAUUGUUCCUUGGCGGUGACCAGUUUUUGUCCUCAACUGUCAGACGCUUCCCCCACCUAAGCAGCUCGUGAGACUGGUACUGCGGAACGAGGCCACGCCCAUGCGCAGAAGUUGUCCGCCGAGGGUACCUUUAUAAUCUCAUUUUGAGUAGAGUAUAGAUUAGGUAUUAUAAGAGGUAAAUAAGUGAAAUAAACAUUUGUGUAAUUAAUAAUGUUCAAGUUGA